UAAUAAUUAAAAUUAUUGAUGUUCUUCGUUAUCUGUUGACUGUUCUGAUGACCUAUUGAGGUUGAACACUAUUAUUUAUUACUGAAUUUAUUCCUUUGUUUGUUACAAUUAGUUAAUUUACUAAUUUUACAUUAAAUUAAAUAGAUAUUGCAAGCGGAAAUGAAUCUCUACUUGUUACUUUUUCACUUUGGUCUAGUCAUGGGUGACAGGAACAUGUUACCGAACAGAACGACUAUAGUCCACCUGUUCGAGUGGAAGUGGACAGACAUCGCCGAUGAAUGCGAGAGGUUCCUCGCACCUAAAGGAUUUGGUGGAGUGCAGAUAUCUCCGCCAUCAGAAAACUUGAUAAUUAACUUGAAUGGACAAAGAACAUGGUACGAACGCUACCAGGUCAUGUCAUACAAACUGACAACACGGUCGGGCAGUCGGGCGGAAUUCAGAAACAUGACACGGAGAUGUAAUAAGGUUGGUGUAAGGAUUUACGCAGACGUAGUGGUUAACCACAUGACAGGUUCCCAAGCUAAUAACAAAGGCACUGGUGGCAGCACUGCUAACUUUGAUAAAUAUGACUACCCUGGCGUGCCUUACAACGCCUCCCACUUUCACCACCCCUAUUGCAUCAUUAGUAAUUACAACAACGCUACUGAGGUCCGAAACUGUCAACUGCUCGGAUUAAAGGAUUUAAACCAAACCGAAGAGUACGUGCGAAACAAAAUAGUACGGUAUUUCAAUAAGCUCAUUAAGCUUGGGGUCGCCGGAUUCAGAGUGGAUGCAGCCAAACACAUGUGGCCGAAUGAUCUCAGGGAGAUUUACAAAAGGCUCUACAAUCUCAACCCCGCAUUCGGAUUUGCCGCCGACGCGAGGCCUUACAUUUACCAAGAGGUGAUUUAUUACGGCAAUGAGCCUAUCCGUUCCGAGGAGUACACGCCUCUGGGAGACGUCACUGAAUUUAGAGUUGGUUCGGAACUAAAGAAUGUAUUCCGCGGCCAGAACGCCAUGAAGUGGCUAGUAAAUUGGGGCCCACAGUGGAACUUGGCACCGAGCGAAACAGCACUUGUCUUCAUAGAUAACCACGAUACACAAAGAAGUGACGAUGUCUUAACUUAUAAAGAAGCUAGAGCUUAUAAAGCAGCCAUAGCCUUCAUGUUGGCACACCCAUACGGCAAUCCUCGAGUGAUGAGCAGUUACUUCUUCACUGACAGUAACCAAGGACCGCCUGCUGACGACAACGAGAACAUUGUUUCUCCGAGUAUUAAUGAUGACGAUACAUGUGGCAAUGGCUGGGUGUGCGAGCAUCGCUGGCGACAGAUAUACCAAAUGGUAGCCUUCAGGAACGCUGUUGAAAAGGCUCCCAUACAAAAUUGGUGGGACAACGGGAACAAACAAAUUGCCUUCGGUAGAGGGGGCAGGGGCUUCAUCGUGAUUAAUGGAGAUGUCACCGACUUGAAUCAAACGUUGCAGACAGGUUUACCAGAGGGGUUGUACUGUGAUAUUAUAACGGGUAAGAACCUUGGUGUGGAGUGUACGGGACGCAAAAUAUCUGUUGGUAGUGAUGGUCGAGCUUAUUUCUUUAUCUCCAAAGAUGCCGAAGAUAUGCAUUUGGCUAUACAUGUUGGACCAGAGUCUAGAAUAAAUUAACUGAAAAUUAUAAAAGUGCAACACAGGAUGUUUAAUUAUUAUUAUUAAUACAUUAAUAUUCACAUUAAUAAUAUACAUGAUAUCUAAUAUAAUCAAAACUUUUAUUAAAGGAAAGCUUGCAACUG